AUGCGUGGUUCUCAAUCGACGAUAGGGGCGCACAGCCUUGUCCUCACGAGCAGUUUAACUCGGAUUCUGCCCCAUCCGCCAUCACUACGCUUCAUCGCCUCGUGCCAGCGGCGAUUAUCAACUCAUCAGCGUAUCAAAUGUACAAACGGGUCUCGAAAGGGGGGCAAGAGCCCUCUACAAGCUCGCUCACUCAACCCUGCUCUAGCAGCUGCGCUACUCAUCGGCGGCAGCGCCAUCUACUAUCUCACCACACCCUCGUCGCAACAGAAAGUCCUCAACCAGGACACGUUUGUCCCUUAUACGAUAACCUCGCGCGAGGCCAUCUCACCGACCUCGUUCCUCUUCACGGCCGCACCGCAGUACCCUAACCCGAACCCUAGCUUUUUAACCACCAGCAGCCCGUCUCAGCCUGCUCGGUGGCGCUACCCGCUCUGGUCGGUGGAAUUCAAGCAACCCGAGGUCCAAAUAGCGCGCAACUACACGCCUCUCCCGCCCCGGGACGGCGAGCGCCUAGAGGAGGGCACGUUGCGCUUCUACCUACGAUCCAUCCCCGGCGGCGAAAUGUCCACGUACCUGGGCCGUCUCGGUGUCGGGCGCGAGGUCUGGCUGCGAGGCACGCAUCCGGGCUUCGACGUGGCCUCGCGAUUAGGCGCGCAGAGAAACGUCGUGUUCCUUGCCGGCGGCACGGGCGUCGCGCCGGCUAUGCAGGUAGCCAAGGCGGUGCUGGACAGUCACGCCGACGCGAGCUUUACGCUCCUCUGGGCCAUCCGGAGCCGGGAAGAGCUUCAACAGGUGCCCGAUGUCCCCGGCAGACCAUCCGCCUCAUCUUGGCAGAGCUGGUUUCGACGCAGCCCCAGACCACAACCCACCGAGGUUGGUCAACCAAUUACGGCCCCAAGCCCGCUGGGUCGCGAAUUGGAGGACAUGAAGACUCGCUAUGGCGACCGGCUGCGUAUACACGUCGGAGUAGACGACGAGAGCAGCCAGUUCCGCGGAUCGCAUAUUGCGGCGGCGAUCCAACACGCCGCGGCGCCGACGACGCCGCCAAGUGCGCCUGACUGCCAGCCGCACAACCAAAAGUUCCACGCGCCGGCGUCCGAGUUUGAGCCGGCGGGCGCGCGCCCGUGCACGUGCGAGGCAGAGAAUCGGGGGAAGAACCUGUUGAUGGUCUCGGGCCCGGAAGGGUUCAUAUCGCACUAUGCGGGACCCAAGGUCUGGGUGGGCGGCGUGCAGACGCAGGGCGCGGUCGGUGGUGUGGCCGGGGAGCUACGCAGGAGAUAUCCGGCGUUUGCGGCUGACUGGCUUGUAUUGAAGCUGUAG